AGGAAAGGACAGAUGAUGACGUCACGGGAGCGCGUCAGUCGGGAGCUCGCGCUGUAUAAAUAGAGAAAGUUUUCCACGCAGUGAUUCUGUGUAAGAAGACGUGAGGGACUCUGAAGUGUCUGCUUUUAACUCUUUCUCUAGCGGUAUGGACAGCAUCAGGACAACGGUGUACCUCGGCGUGUGUGUGUUAUUGCUCAUUACUGUGUGUCAGGCUCACAGCUCUCUGGACCCCAGACUGUCUGAGGAGCAGCUAGUGACCAGAGACAUGGCUGAAGCGUUGGAAACCCUUCUGGAAGGAGACAAUCGGAUAGAACUGGAUAAAAGAGCCAGCAUCAUUCCGAGGUGUGAUGUAGGAGAACGGUGUGCCCUGAAGCACGGACCACGCAUCGGCCGCCUGUGUGACUGUAUGAGAGGGAGUGCGUGUAACACCUUCUUCCUGCGCUGCUACUGACCGAGCUUACAGAACAUCAGGCACAGUGCUGCUAGCUCUGAUGGGAUCUUACGUUGUUGACGUCUUUAAAACUGAUUGUCUAGUUCGUAAAUUCUUUGUGUAUGUUUUAUAAAACACAUGUACGGUUGCAUUUAUUUAUUUUUGUUUAAUAAAAUGUCUUUAAGACUCUUUGAUACUGUAUUAGUAUUUAAUAAUGAAUUAAUAUUCAAUUCAGCAUUUAUUGUGAUAUACAUUAGAUUAUACAUUAUAAAGGCAUAUAUGUAUGUAUGUAUGUAUGUAUGUACGUACGUAUGUAUGUUAACACAAUCUAAGGUUUUAAAGAGCACAUUUCAAUUAGGGGAGGCAAAGUGACUGUGAAGGUGAAAUGAGUAAAUGUAUGUAAAAUGUGACCACAUAUCUAUCCUGCAUGCAUUAUUGAAAAAUUAUUAUGAAGUCAUAUAAUUAAACGACAAACAUUAAAGGGCACAAAGGUGAGAGUUUUUUAUUUAACAACACAAAUGCAUCAGAUGUCUUAAUUACUGGCUUGCGGCUAAAUACAGCUGUACUGCCCAGUUGGGUUUUAUCUGAUUGCAGUAAUAGGUUUUUGGCAGCUGAUGUGCUCAUCAAAGGUUUUUGACUCAUUGCUGAACUUUACAGAGCACUAACUGGGUGUCGCAGAAUACAUUUCCUAAUGCAUAGCACACUGAGAAUUAAUGGCAUUGUGCCCUUUCCUGUGUCAGAGAAGACCUUUUACUGGUAGCCAAACAAGAUAAAACACAGCGUUCACCUCACCAAUGACCUGGCAUUUAUUUGAACAAGGCACCAAAUGAACCAACUGAAUAAAGAAUAUUUUUCUGAACCUGACAGUAAUCUGCUGGACAUGUCAGUUCUGUUCCACACACAUUUGUAACAUACACACGAGCUAUAAAGAGUAAGAUGACGUUCAAAUAUGACGAUCGUUUCCUUUUGAGUCUGGUACCUCUCAAGGUUUCUUUUCAAGAUCAUCUCUAGGAGUUUUUUCAUGUCUCUGUUGCUUGUUCAUUCAGGAUAAACAUAAAUGUAAAUUUUUAGUAAUAUAUAUUCAGAUUUUUUAUAU